AUGCUAGGUGGGCCAGAAUCACAAGGACGAUCGCGAUUCAGAAGAAGGCAGUCGCCUCAGGGCACUGACGGAAAUCCUGGUGUGGGCUACUUCGAGCAGCCAAUUGAUCACCAUAACCCCAGCCUUGGAACAUUCAAAAUGCGCUAUUCUUGGAGCAACAAAUUCUGGAAAGGCCAUGGUUCUCCUAUUGUACUCUUUCUACCUAGUGAAACCAAUCCGGCUCCUUUCGUUGAUUGGUACGGGAAUUAUAGUUCCAUAGAGUUCUACUUUAGCCAGGAGCAAUCAACUUACAAUCUUGGAGCAGCAUACAUAUUACUCGAAAAUCGAUAUUACGGAGAGUCCUCGCCAUACUCAGAACUGACCACUGCAAACCUAAAAUAUCUCACAUUCGAUCAAGCCAUGCGCGAUACUGUCAACUUUGCUCAGAAUGCUAAGCUGCCAUUCGCUGCUAAUAGCACUGCGUCAGAUGUGCCAUGGGUACUCACUAGUGGUUCAUACAGUGGUGUCAUCGCUAUUGAUAUUGCAACAAAGCUACCUGGUACUUUCUGGGCGUAUUGGGUGACAGGCGCCGCAGUACAGGAGCAGGAAGAUUUCUGGAGGCAAAGCGAUAGUUUCCUGAAAACAGGACCGAAGAACUGCACAAAAGACGAGAUUGACGCCCUCAAAGCCAGCUUCGGUCUCCAAGAUCUGACUCACAACGACGAUUUCGUAAACCAGCUCAGUCAGAACCCUGAGCUUAGGUACUCUAUGCAGUUCGAUUUUCUCACCGCACCGGACGUGAUGAACAGUUAUAUGUGUUGUGAUGCUAUUGAGGGUGUUUGGGACCCAGUAACUCGAAAUUAUACCCAUUCCAAGCUUCCUGGUGUUGAAGGAGUGGGCGUUGAGAAAGUACUAGAAAACUGGACUAAAUGGAUGAAGUAUUACCAGCUACCUGGAUUCUGCGCAAGUUUUGGCGAGAAAUACUACCCUGGACUAUAUAGCAAGAACAGUACUUACUGCGAUGAGUCCUAUGACCCCAACAACCCGUUCUAUACAGAUAUGAGCGUUGGAAAUCCAUGGAACCGACAGUAUCUCUGGCUUUCAUGCAAUGAACCAUUCAGCGCCCGGACGGCAAGUGCACCCAAAGGUGUUACAACACUCAUCAGCCGCUUACUCAACGUCGAGUAUGGGUACCACAUGUGCGAUAUGCUGUUUCCCAAAGGUCCUCAUGGUGAGGCAUACGGCUUGCGUACUGCGGACGAGUUCAAUGAGUAUUGGGGUGGUUGGAAUAUUGGAAACACGAGUCGAUUGUUACUUGUCAAUGGAGAAUACGAUUAUUGGAGAUCAGCCACGGUUGCAGCGGAAAAUCGUCCCGAGGGUCCCCUCAAGAGCACAGAGCAGCUUCCUACCUGGAUUGUGCCUGGUGGUUAUCAUUGCAGUGAUUCUUUGUACUAUCGGAAUGGCCGUCUUAACGAAGGUGUUCGAAAGGUGAUUCAUGAAAUACUUGCACAACUAGAAGCCUGGGUAAAGGAGUGGCCAGGAAAGAACGAUUCUUCUAGUACUAGCUAG